AAAAAGCCACCUAACUAAACAUACAAUCGAACAAGCCUUUCCACAUUCAAGCCCACCAUGCGUUUCUUCCUUGCUAUCUCGACUCUUCUGGCCGUUGCCACUGCAGCCCCUGCCUCGACUGCACAGAACCUUCAGGACGUCCACAACAACGCCGCUGCUUUCACUGAGGCAAAGAAAGCCGCAGGAUGCGACUGGCUUGCCUGUGUCUCCUCUCUUGCUGGGGAGAGCGCUGCAUGUGCAGCCGCCGCCGCCGAGCUCGGUGCUAAUCCCAUUGCCGAUGCCGCUUGUAUCGCGUCUGUCGGUACCUCUACUGCUUCCUGCAAGAAGUGUGGCUAAGUAGCUACGGUACAACCUUUUGCCAAUACUAUGGACGCGUAGGGUUGAAGGCAUUUAAGGUGGGGUGAAAGGACUUACUGGACGCAUUUGUACGCAGGUCCCUGUAUAUAUUGUUAGUGAUCAGAUGCGAGGAGUGAAUUGUCAUCCUGUGAUUUAGUGAUGAAUGCAUCCAUACAUUAUUUCCA